GAUAGAACAAUAGGUAUGCCUAGGCUUCAAUUAGGAUAAGGGUCGAUUGGGACACCAGGCUUGCGGAAGUAGCCUAUUAUCGAUUGAAUUAACUAUGUCUAUGGACAAGUUAUGCAAAAUGAUUUGGUCUCACAAUCUCUUCAAAUGAUAGGCAAUAAUCAAAGGGUGUCAUUAUCGAACCAGCAUAUUCCACCACCCCGAGACCAUCCGAUAUCUGAGUUUUAUUGAACCAUGAGUAGGCAUAUUUACAAGUCAGUUUUAAAGUUUAUCAUCGUUGCUCCAGUGCUUCUUUUCUUGGCAUACUUCACCCCUUCGUCCGUCAGGUACUUGGAAGGGCUUGUCCCAAUGGAUAUAUGUUUUUUACCAGGGGAAAAGUUGAAGUUGGACAACACUAUAGAUGCCUCUCUGAAACUUUGGUACAGAACGGACGUCCAGACAUGUACGGAAUGGGGAGCGCCUAUCAUCUGGGAGGGCAUGUUUGAACCUGAUGACUAUGACCGGGAGCAUAAGAAAAACCACUCCUCUGUGGCUCUGACUGUCUUUGCUGUGGGAAGGUAUCUAGACGUGUAUCUGGAGACCUUCCUCCUUUCUGCUGAGCUUCAUUUUAUGGUGGCUCUUCCUGUGACGUACUAUGUGUUCACGGACGCUCCUGCCAAAGUGCCCAACCUCCAGUUGGCUGAGGGGCGGAGGUUAAAGGUCAUAAAGGUUCAGAAGCAUUCUCGCUGGCAGGACGUCUCCAUGAUACGCAUGAAGGCUGUCGCCAACGCCAUCAACGACAUCCGCCACACGAGCAGCUACGUCUUCUGCUUCGACGUGGACCAGCUGUUUGUCGGGAGGUUUGGCUCCGAGGCGCUGGGGGAGUCUGUGGCUCUGCUCCACGCCUACUACUAUCAUCGCCCCCGCCGUCUGUUCUCCUACGACCACAACCCCAGCUCCACGGCCUACAUGAAGGCCGGGGCGGGCGACUUCUACUACCACGCCGCCGUGUUUGGGGGCACCUGGCAGAGCGUCUUGGCGCUGACGGAAAGCUGUUACCAAGCCAUCCUGGAGGACAAGAGCCGAGGGGUGGAGGCACUGUGGCACGACGAGAGCCACCUGAACAAGUACCUGUGGCUCCACAAGCCCAGCAGGGUGCUGUCGCCAGAGUACUGCUGGGCCCCGGAAAUCGGACGCCGCGGCGACAUCCGGGUCAAGCGGCUGCUCUGGGCUGAGAAGCAGUACGACAGGCUGAGGGACGCCCCCUAGGGGUUCAGGUGAUCCUGUGGGCUGCUUUGACGUAACAUGGGGAGGGGGGAUUCAAGGACUACUGGGAUGUAUCACACUAUUGUGUGUGUGUGUGUGUGUGUGUGUAAAAUGUCUCUUCAUAUCGCAUUGCGCGUGCACUUGGCCAACUUGAAGUGAGUCUGCUGUUUUUCAUGUUAAGGCUUGCUUCCUGUAGGUAUAAUGUUUUUUUACAGCCGUGGCUUUUAUGCUGCUACCAAUAAUACACAUUGUCUUCAACUUUGCAAUGCUGGCCCCUCAGGUGGAUACUUUGAAUCUGUCAGGACUAUAAGGAAGCGAAACCUAUGAUAAAAA